UUUGCAGGGAAGCAUGACACAAUGUGAAUGUGCAUGGUCUGCCGUGGCCUAGCCUAGGCCUGUCCUAGGAGGCUGAUAUAGGCCUUGCAAUGAAGUGGAUCUUGAUCAGUGAGAAUUUGAGGAAAGCCUUCCAUAGCCUAGCUGGUUUCAGUCCUGGUCCUUUGGUGACCCCCUUGUGGCUUCAGCAGAGUUCAGGGGAAGCCAUGUCUUUACGACACUUGGCUUCUCGCGUGCUUUCUCAAACUUCUAGAUUUCUUAAGACCCUGAGGAAUCACCAUACAGUGACUCGAAAACUGUCUGUCAUUGGAGAGUCCGCUCAGUCUCUGCCGGCAAGUCAGAUUCUGAAGUCAUCACACGUGUCAUCAUAUUGGCAAUGGACAGCGAAGGCCAGAGCAGCAUUCAUCAGGAGUGUGCAGCAACAUGGAUCAGAUGGUCUAGUGGCAGGAUUGAAGAAAAAGAUGCUACAGCAUCUAAUGGUUGGGGAUACCAUCCCUUUUAUGACAUUGGUGGGCAUCUCCAUGGCCUCUGCUGGCUCUGGAGGAGUAGUGAUUGGCGGUCAAGAUGAAGAUUCCUACAACCAAUUGGAGGAGAUGAGUGCUGUCUGCCGGCUCAUUCGCGAGGCAGUGUACAAGUUGGACUGGGUGUACGACAAGUCAUUCUGGGAGGAAAAUCUUGAGGCUCUUCAUUCCCGAGGUUCUGUCUCCACCAGAGACUUCAUUUUUGGUCCUUACAUCACCAAAGGAUCUGAGGCUGCUGUUUAUUCAGCUGCCUGGAAGACACCUGAUACUGGGAAGUCGAAGGAGGAUAAGGAGCGGUCUGUUAGGAAGAAGAGGAGAGAAGAGGAUGAUAGAAAGUAUCCUUUGGCCAUCAAGUUUCGCUUCAACCUUGAAGCCGAGUCAAAUGCCUUUGCCAUUUAUCAUGCCAUGCAGUUGGAGAUGCUCCCUGCCUUGUCCAUCCAAGGAAACUUUGAUACUAUCCCCACAUUCUGCAGGAAGAAGAUAACACCAUUGCCAUGCCAUCCAAACAUUGUGGCCACGACUUGUGCAUUUGCAGAUCGAUUUCCCAAUCUGCCAGGGAAUCUGGAGCAUUACCCAGAUGUCCUUCCAUCUCGAAUUCAUCCCCAGGGGAGUGGGAGGAACAUGACUCUCUUCCUUGUCAUGAAGAGGUAUGACAUGUCUCUGGAGAAGUAUUUAGAGCUACAUCCUCCUGAGAGCAUGCGGACCCAAGUCCUCAUAUUGGCUCAGAUACUUGAAGGCGUCCUUCAUCUGAAUUGGCAUCGUGUUGCCCAUAGAGAUUUGAAGACAAAUAACAUCUUGGUGGGACUGGAGGAAGGAGUGGAGUACCCCCAUGUUGUGAUCACAGACUUUGGGUGUGCUUUAUCUGGGAAUCUGGAAGUGCAGUAUCCUGGGCCAGAUGCCAUUGCUGGCAAUCUGGCUCUCAUGGCCCCUGAGAUUUUGAGUGGAAUAUCUGGGGCUAAUGAACGAUACCGACGAACGAUGCUGAACUAUUCCAAGUCAGACAUGUGGACUGUGGGAGCAAUUUCAUAUGAGAUCUUUGGUGUCUCCAAUCCUUUUUAUUCCACCUUGAUGAGUGAGACCUACUGUGAAGAGGAACUGCCAUCUCCACCAGAACAUGUCCCUCUGCUCCUUCGGGAAGUUAUCUUCUCCCUGCUGGCCAGGAAUCCAAGUGCUCGCCUGAAUGCAGCAACAGCUGCAACAGUGAUUCAACUGUUCCUUUGGGCACCUCAGUCUUGGCUGGAUCCUCAUCAAGAGGAUUCCAUUCCAAAGCCUGAAGACAUCACCAAUUGGCUACUUGCUCUCACUGCAAAACUCAUUUAUGAAGCCCGCCAUAUCUCCUCGCCUUCUUCUGGGAGCCAGCAUCCGACUCAGUUGGAAUUUCAACUCAUCUCCACCUUCUUGUCUCGAGUGACACCGAGGGAUUUGGAUCGGGCCCUUUCCUUCAUCCAAGAUGCUCAACAACAUCAGAUGCCCAUGCUUCAGAGAAUUGUUGAUGAAAACAUCAGUCCUUUGGAUUGUGGAAAUCUUGAUAGCCUAGUCUUUGCUCUCCUUCGAUUGCAACAAUUGAAGCUUACGAAACAUGAUGACAUCAUGCUGAAUCUGUCAGGUGGUGGCAUCCUCUGCUGUGCAGUUCGUCCUAGUGUCCACUGUCGUUAUCAAAUUUGUGAAGUAGCAGCAUUUCAGCAAACGUUGAGGAAAGAAUUGCGCUGA